AUGGAUGAAGAAAGCCAACUGAACCAGCCCCAAGACCAGAGCUGCUGGGCCACCCUGCCCGACGUGUGCCUGCAUCGUGUUUUCUGGUGGCUGGGAGACAGGGACAGGUCCAGGGCGGCCCUUGUCUGCAGGAAAUGGAACCAGAUGAUGUAUUCGGCUGACCUCUGGCGAUACAGGACCAUCACGUUCAGUGGGAGACCUUCCAGGGUACACGCCUCUGAAUUCGAGUCAGCUCUUUGGUAUGUUAAGAAAUUUGGUCGUUAUCUGGAGCACCUGGAGAUCAAAUUCCUGAAUCCUUACAACGCUGUCUUGACCAAGAAGUUCCAGGUCACCAUGCGAGGCCUGCUUUCGAGUCUGGGCAAGAGUAACAACCGUCUGAAGUCUCUCUCCAUCCAGCACCUGGAGCUGGAACGCCUGGUCUGGAGGAACAGCAUCCGGAGCUCGUUCAUCAAAAGCUUGAGCUUCUUCUUAAAGAAGAUGGGCAAACACCUGGAUUACCUCAACCUGAAAGGGGCCAGGCUGACUGUGGAGCAAGGCUGCCAUGUUCUCAACUCCCUGAGCUACUUGAGGAAUGAGAGUAUGGCCUCAGAGCUCAAUAUCGAGGACUUCUUCAGCCACCACCUCGCUGUCUACAGCAGCCCCCAGUUCAACAAGACCAUGGCCACAUUCCAAAACCUGGCGUCCCUGACCCUAAACUACAACUGCAUCUCCGACGAGCUGCUCGAGAACUUGUGUGAGAACAAUGCCAGCACCCUCUGGACCAUCAACAUCAAAUGCCACAUCCAUGACCCCCAUGGCCAGGUCAUCUGGGGCAUGUCCUGGGCCAAGCUGGCCAGGCAGGCUGUCAACCUGAAGGUGAACUUCUUCUUCGAGCGGGUCAUGAAGUACGAUCGCUUGUCCCGGAUCCUCUUGCAGGAGAUCCCCGUCAGGAGCAUCAGUCUGAGAAGCUGCUAUUUCAGUGACCCGGACUGGUCCAUGCGGCCCACUCUACUGGACCUGCUGCCCACCUUCCGGCACACUCUGCAGAAACUAACCUUUGAGUUCAACAACAACCACGAGUCACUCGACAAGGAGCUGCACCUCCUCAUCUUAUCCUGCAGAAAGCUGUUUUACUUCAAAAUCUGGGCUUUCCUUGAUGUGAAGUUUGUGGAGCGGAUUCUCAAGAGUCAGGAAGAAGGACAGUGUGCCCUGCGCACACUCAAGGUGAGAAUUUAUACUAACAGAUACGAGACAAAUGAAGAGGACAGGACGCUGCGGGAAAUUUACCGGAAGUACAGAAAGCUGAUCGACUCAGAGCUUAACUAUUUUGUCAUCGCCUACGCCAUGAUGUAA